UCUCUCCGCAAAUGCCGGGAAUGAUUUAAUUCGCGAAAUGGGAGACCUGAAGUCGGGGUUUGAAGAGGUGGAUGGCGUGCGGCUCGGCUACCUCAUCAUUAAAGGAAAGCAAAUGUUUGCACUCUCCCAGGUUUUCACCGACCUGCUCAAAAACAUCCCGCGGACCACCGUGCACAAGCGAAUGGAUCAUUUGAAAGUCAAAAAGCACCACUGCGACCUGGAGGAGUUGAGGAAACUCAAAGCCAUCAACUCCAUCGCGUUCCACGCCGCCAAAUGCACGCUCAUCUCCAGAGAGGACGUGGAAGCGCUCUACACCUCCUGCAAAACCGAGCGGGUCCUCAGGACAAAGCGGCGGAAGCUCGGCCGGGCCCUGGCCGGAGGCGAGCUGCGGCCGGAGCGGGCGCCCGCCGACCCCUUCCGCGGCUUCUGGAAGGAGAACAAACUUUGGCUGGGUUUGAAUGACUCUCCCCGGCCGUUGCUGCCAAUCAGGCGGAAAGCUCUGCGGCCGGGGGCCGCGGCCCUGCUGCCGGCCUCCCAUCUACCUCACCUUUUUAGUAAAUACACUGGCCACGGCUACCCGGAGCUGGCCCGGGCGCCCCGCAAACCCCCCGGCAGCUAUGAAACGGCGGCAGGCGGCUGCGCUCCUCUCCGCGCCCGCCGCCCUCCCGCCGCCCGCCCCCCGCCCGCCGCCGCCACGGCGCGGCCUCGGCUCCCGGCCGCCGGGCCCCCGCCCCUGUCCCUGCCCGCCCCCCGGCGGCCCCUGGCCUUGGCGCGGCCCUGCCGAUCCCGCGGCGCCCCGCGGCUGCCUCUGCCGCUGCCGCGCGGCUUCGGGCCGCCGCCUUCGCCCGCCUUCGCCGAGAGCGGCAGCAGCGACUCGGAGUCCAGCUGCUGCUCCGGCCGCGCCGCGCACGACUCGGACUGCGGCUCCAGCCCGUCCAGCUCCAGCGAGGGCAGCUCGGAGGAGGAGGACGAGGAGGAGGAGGACGAGGAGGGCAGCGGCGGCUCGGACUCCAGCGAGGGCAGCUCGGAGGAGGAGGAGGAAGAGGAGGAGGAGGAGGAGGAGGAGGAAGAGGAGGAGGAGGAGGAGGACAGCACCUCGGACUCCGACUCCAGCUCGGUCUCCAGCCAGGUCUCGGUGCAGAGCAUCCGCUUCAGGCGCACCAGCUUCUGCAGCCCGCCCGCCGUGGUGCACGCCAACUUCUUGUACCAUCUGGCCGCCGCCGCCGCCCCCCGGCCCCCGGCCCCGGCCCCGACGGAUCCCGGCGGGCAGCCCGCCCUUCGCCGCGCCGCGGGCUGCGUGAAGCCGGAGCUGCCCGAGGAGUGGGGCCGGCCCGGCUGGGGCCCAGCGCUGCGCUGCCCCGGCGGCCCUGGGAGCUGCUUCUCGGAGAUAAGGGAGCGGAGGGCGGCCGAGAUCACAUUCCCACACUCUGAAUUUCCCAAUAACGCCAAGAGUACUGACCUAACAAUUAACUGCGUUGCAAAGGGGGCCUCUUCACCUAGCCCAAAGACAAACAAUGCAUUUCCACAACAAAGAAUACUCAGAGAGGCAAGGAAAUGCCUUCCAGCAACUACUACACACUGUGCAGAUAACAAUACAAUAGCUGCUAGGAUCUUAAAUAAUGAUUCUUCAUCAGCGGCUGCAAAUUCCGAAAAAGAUUCCCAAAUCCCUCAUUGUAUUGAAUUUGCCACGGAUUUGCCCUCGUUACGGACCGACCCCGCGGAGGACGCCGCCUCUCCGGGGGCCGCGGAGCCGCGGAGCGCUGAGCCGGAGGCCGAGGCGCUGCCGUUCCCGCACCGCGUCCGCAUCAAAACCGAGGAGGAGGCGAGCGGUGAGGACGGGCCCGACCCUCCGCCUCAGGAGCUGCGGUGUGAGUGCAAUCAUCCCGAGGAGGAGCGUCGCGGCGUGACGGAGGGCAGCGAGCAGAACGCUUUAGGAACGGCCAGGGAGGAUUCUGCAUGCACUGAGAAAGAAACCACUUCCUUCCCCCCGCUGACUCAGAGUCAGGGCCUCUCAUGCACUUUAGGUACUCCAAAACCUGAGGAUGGGGAGUAUAAAUUUGGAGCGAGGGUGAGAAAGAACUACAGGACGCUGGUUCUGGGCAAGCGGCCCGCGCUGCAGCCUCCUCCGCUGAAACCAAAUCUGAAAUCGGCGCGGAGCCCGCGGCCCGCAGGUAAAGCCGAGCCCGAAGGAACACUGGACGAUCUCACGGCCAACAAUAGGCGCAGAAGGGUAGCCGGCAAUGUAGCAUCAGCGGUGAAAAGGCCGUUUAAUUUCAUGGCAAAUUUUCCCUGUCCACCGUCGCUAAUUAUUGGCCAUGACGGGGAUUUGUUGCCAGCUUACUCCUUAAGCACCACUAAGGACUCGCAAGCACCUCACAGGGCCCAUCCCGUGUGGAAAUGGCAGCUGGGCGGCUCUGCAAUACCUCUCCCACCUAGCCACAAAUUCAGGAAAUUUAAUUAAUAAAAUACUUUGGAAAAUAUUUGCUGGAACCACCUCUCGGGCUGUGCGCUGCGUGAGCUCGGCAGGAAGGUUCGUGCGGCCCUUAACGCCGCGCAACGCUCGCUGCUGGGAUCCGUCGUGUCGUUUGUGAAGACAGAACCCGGAUUACCAUUUUCUUCCCUUGUUCCAACAGUGGUUUUGGUUUGGUUUGUUUGGAUCUUUUUUUGUUGUUGUUGUUUUUCUUUUCUUUUCCUUUUUUUUUCCCUGUUACGUUUGGGUGUUUUUUGUUACAUUCCACAGAGUACUUCAGGCAAAGACUCAACUUAACUCAGUUACGCCGGUAGAGCUGGAACACUUUACUGUUUGAAUGCUAAUAAUGCACCAGUACCUCAAUUCAACUGCUGCAAAUAAAUGUCAAAAGGUUGAAUAAUAA